UCGUCGUCCAUUCGUCGUCGGAUAUCGUGCACAAGGUACAUACGUGCUGUUUUGCGAGUCCUGUCGCGCGCGCGAAGUGUCCGUGCGAGGUAACUCGAGCUUCCUUCGACGAUUGUAAGAGCAGUCGUUUUUUCUCUUUCCACGAGUCAGCUUCUACAAAAUUAUAAGCUCCUGAAAUCGACCAUUUAUAAUUUGUCUCAUCAUUUCGAAAGAGAGAGUUAGAAGGAGAGAGAGAGAGAUAGAGAGAUAGAGAGACAGAGACAGAGAGAGAGAGAGAGAGAGAGAGAAAGAGAGAGAGAGAAAGAGAGAGAUAGAGAGAAAGAGAAAUAGAGCGAGAAAAAAGAAGAGAGAUUAGAAAAAUAGAGACAUAUUUUAAAAUUUGAAAAUUCGUCAAUCUAAUCAAUCUUUUCACAUGUGUUCCUUCUAAUCAUCAGUGAGCAGAUCCUUAAAUACUUUUCUCCUGUCUUGUCUAACCACGACGAGUCCAGUCAAAGCGCGUGUUACAGUUCUGAGGAGAAUUUAACGUGGAGCAUGGUGGAUCAACAGGAGGAGACAUCAAAAAUAGUGGAUCUUAAUGUGGGUGGUGUAUCUUAUACGACCACCCUGGAAACUCUAACAAAAGAAAGUAAUUCUCAUUUGGGUGUACUCUUCACCGACGGACACUUUCUAGUUCAAAAGGAUUCUACUGGCAAAUAUUUUCUUGAUCGUGACGGUACUCUAUUUCGUUAUAUCCUUGAUUAUCUUCGUGAUCAGCGUGUCGUAUUACCUGAGGGAUUAAAAGAACGAGAGAGACUUAAACAAGAAGCGAAUUAUUACGGUUUACCUAAUUUGGAACGAGCCAUUGAUGAGAAGAGCGAAGAGGGUGCAGGAUCAUCAACCUGGAGGAAACGAGCACCUGGAUAUAUAACCAUUGGUUAUCGAGGAAGUUUUGCUUUUGGCCGAGAAGGUUUAACCGAUGUUAAGUUUCGUAAAAUCUCAAGGAUCCUCGUGUGCGGUCGCGUGGCUCUUUGCAGAGACGUCUUCGGGGAGACCUUGAACGAAAGUCGUGAUCCUAAUCACGGUAUGUCAGAUCGCUAUACUUCGAGAUUCUUCCUGAAACAUAAUUUUAUUGAACAAGCUUUCGACAUGCUUCAAGAACAAGGGUUUAAGUUAGCCGGUAGCUGUGGUUCCGGUACAGCUGGCGGUAAUUUCGAAUUACUCAAACCUGGCGUCGAUUCCGAAGAAACUCGUUGGAAUCAUUACAACGAAUUCGUCUUUGUACGGGAAUAAACGCGCAACUUUGGCUCUCCUUUCGCGUUCGAUUAUACGCGAUCGACUUGAACUUCAUUCGACAAAGAAUGAAGAAAGGAAGGAAGGAAGGAAGGAAAGAGGAUAGCUGAUGUUACCUUCCAAAGGAAUGGUGAUAUCGUGUCAGCCAAACUCCGGGACGUUCAACCUCGAUCGUACGACGUGAUAAUAUCGAUUAUUCUUCUUCGUUUUUUGCGAAGACUUCCUCCUUCAUAAACUUCAUCAUCGACGUUAGUCGAAGAGAAGAACUUUCGAGGCUGCACAGAGAAUAAGAAGUAUGCACACACUGGUAUGGCUGGUUAUACUGAUCGAUGAACUCGAAGAUGGAUGGAUUUUCUUGCCAAGAAGAUCGUACGGAGUUACCGGUAGAGAUUAUUUUGUCCUAAUCACACAGUAAUUACAAGAGAGUACAAGAUUAAAUAAUAAUAAAAAAGUAAAGAACUAAACCGAAAAAAAGAAAGAAAGAAAAAAAGAGAAAGAAAGAAAUAAAGAAAAAGAAACAAAUAUAAAAAAGAAUGCAUAGAUAUAAAUAAUAAUACUAAUAUGAUCAAAGCUCGACGAUGGAGAGAGAGUAUCAACGAUAUCACUUCUUAUCGAUCUUCGUUGCUUACUCUUUUCCUGAAUCUUUCAAAAAAAAAAAGAUAAAGAAAUAAAUAAAUAAAAAAGUAAAAUGAAAGAAGAAAAUGCAUUUAAAAUAUACAGGUACUUAUAUACAUACAUGUAGAUGCAUAUAUAAAUACAUACACACGCACACACACACAUAAAUAUAUACAUGCAUACAUACACAUACACUCACACAUACAUACGUAUUAAUGUUCUUCUUUUGGUGCAAAUCAAAAUAAAUUCUAUCAAUUCGUAGAGCGGUGAAUUUCUAUAUUGAUUUUAUCGGCAACGUAUUUACCAUUGUUGCACACGAAUCUUUAUCCCGAUUCUACGAGAUACAAUGUCGAUACAGUCCAAAGGGAUUUACGUGGCACUGAUCGUGCAAUGGAUUUGAUAACGAUGAGAAACUGUCCUAGACCGACGAAAGGAGAGACUAGUUCGUUCGUUCACUUUGUUGCUUCGUCAUUUACUUCGGAACAAAGAUAAUUUUAUCGUCAGAUUUAUCGAAAGAAGGAAAAUGGAAGGAGAAUAAAAUAAAGGGGAUACCAUUUUGCGUCGGGUGUAAAUGUGGAACGGGAAGGCUUUACUUUUAGAGUCUAUUAUUUUUAUUUUUAACGAAGAGUGAAAAAGAUUAAUAGCCGAGAAAGUAGAUGCAAAAAUUUAAUAGAAUCAUUUUUCAAUCGAACUAAAGUGAAUAUCGUGAAGAGAAUCCAAAGCAUUCCUCUAUCGGUUCUUAAAUUUCUUCCGACAAGAGAUGAUAAAAAAAGGAAAUGAAAAAAGAAACGUAUUAAAUGUUUAUAAAUAGGUCUACAUAUUUCUUUUCUUUUAUUUUUCCUUUUUUUUGAUCUGCUUGUAACGUAGUUUUCGUGUAGUAGAAGAUCGAAAAUUAAAUGAUUAGAUGGAUAAGUGAAAAAAAAAAGAAAUAAAAAGAAAAAAAAAGAAAUAAAAAAAAGAAAAAAUACAAAAAAAGAAAAAGUAAUGAACAGCACGUAGAUGAGACUCUUAAAAUUAACUAUAAGAAAAAAAGACAAAGAAAUAAUUAUCGCUUUUAGAGAGAUCGUACUACGAUUACAUAUUAAUUUAUAUACUCGUUAUAUGAUAUACAUAUUCGAUAUUAAAAAAAAAAAAAAAGAAAAAAGAAAAAGAGAGCAAGAAAAAAAAAGAAAAAAAAUGGGAAAAAAUAACCAAAAAUCUGGAGAAAAUAAAAGACUCGAACUUUGUUCCUCGAAGUAGGCGAAAUUGAUACAACGAAAUUAAGUUGGGCGAUCUCGCUACUACCUGUAAAUCCUUCUCUGAGCGAUUAUAGAAAUUUCACAUACAUACAUAUAUAAAGUUGCAAAUUGUUCUUAUAUCAAUAUACACAUAGAUAUAUAUACGUUAUAGAUAUGGAUAAUAAACAUAUCGUACAACUUAUAAUAUCCCUGUCGCAGACUCGAUGAAAAAAUAUUUAUAAAGUUCUAUCAAAUUCGUGCAUCGAUUUCUUCUUUUUUUCCCCUUCACAUUAUACACCUUAUAAACUUUCAGAUUAUUCGAAAUAUAUAUAUAUAUAUAUAUGUAUGUAUGUAUGUAUGUAUGUAUAUAUAUGUAUAUAUGUAUAUAAAAAAGGGGCCAACACAGACACACACACAGACACGCGCACGCAAAAACCGAGAUUUCUAGUUUACUCGAGGAUUUAUUAAACCGAUAUCCACAUCUCUACGUAUAAAAUUAUUAUUGUAUCGAUUGCGGUACUUCGAAAUAAUACUUUCUAAUUAUUUCUUUUUAUUAUACAUAAUACAUACAUAUGUAUGUACGUAUAAAUAAUACGAGUACGUGUCCUAUUUCAAAUAGACUUCCUCCUCCAUUUAUAUCCUCGAAUAGAAAUAAAACUCUUAAAAGUGUCCAAUGUUUUAUCGUUAUUAUCCAAUUUGACGAGAAUGUUAUUUCUGAUCGUAAUAUUUGCGGCUAAAUUGAUUAGAAACACUUUUAAGUUUCAUAAAAUUUCAUCUGUAUACUCUUUUAUUUCUAAUAAAAACAAAAAAGAAAGAUAAUAAUAAUAUUAACAAUAAUAAUAAUAAUUAUUAUUAUUAUUACUAUCGAUAUAAUUGCGACGUUCGUUCAAUUUAUUUGAAUACGUUGAUUCUCAGGACAGUUUCUCCGUUUCUUAACAUCUACGAUUUUAAUAAUGAAUGUUCCUCGAUAACACAAGUAACAUUUCUUUUAUAUAGUAUAUAUAUAUAUAUAUAUAUAUAUAUAUAUAUAUAUAUAUAUAUAUCAUUCGCUUUCUGAAUGCUUAAAAAAAUGCUUUUCUUACUCUUUUCUUACUCUUUUCUCUUCUUCGAGAUAAACUUGGUAGAUAAUGUAAAAAGUUGGGUUGUGUUUGUCGUCACUGCGAAACAAGAUUUUCAAAAAACAAAAAAAAAGGAAGAAAGAAAAAUAUAGAAGAAGGAAAAAGAUAGAAAAACAAAAAAGGAAAAAAAGAGAGAAAGAAAAUAACAAAAACGAAGACUAUAACUAUUUCACAUAUAACAAAAUUUUCGUUUGUUAAUGACAAACAUACUCGUUUUCUCGACUCUUUUAUGAGAUAUUUAAUAAUAAACAUUAUAACAAUAUGUAACGUGUAUAAACAUUAUUAGAAUAUUUCAGUCAAGUUUCCAGCUUCUGUUUCGUAAAAUGAAUUUCGUUUGAAACGUGAAUUAUAUUCUUUCUUUCUUUCUUUUUUAUUUAUUUAUUUUUUUUUUAUUUCUUUUUCAUUUUUAUUUCUAUUUUAUUUCUUUUUUCAUGCAAUAAAGGCGUUUCAAAAAAUCCCGUGCCAAAAAAGAAAAGAGAACAAUAAAAGAAUUUAGAAGUUACAAAUUUGAUUCUCCCCUACAUUCAUCUGAAAUUGAUAUCUUUCAUUCUUUUCUCAUCGAUACACAUUGACACGCGUGUGAAAUAGGACAGAUAUAGAAGUGCAUAUCGGUUUUCUGUGUUACCUUUUAAAAUGAGACGCAUCAAUCGAGAAUUGAUUCGAUAUUUGAUAUCUGACGGUCUGGGUAUGAAUGUUUUAAAGAAUUUGUUAAAAAUAAAAAAACAGUGAUAUUUAUAUAAACAUAUAUCUACAUACACACACCCACCCACCUACACACACACACACACAUACACACAAAUACACGUAUGAAUAAAAUAUGAUUGAGUAUGUUAUAUUUAAAGAUCUGUUUUAAAAUUGAUGUUAUAAAUAUAUAUCUCGUGGGUAAUAGCAAACAGGAUGAUAAAUCAUCCGUAAUAAUACAUGAUUUAUAGAACACGGCAAAUAAAUACACAGAUUGACUCCCACACACAUAAAAGGAUCCUUCGGAAAGCUUUGUUAACGAGUUCGUGUUCAUUCGAGUUAUGUAGUCAUCGGUUAAUAUCGAUGAAAUUGUUUAUUACGUUCUUCCGUCGCAGAACGUAAAAUUAGACGUACGUUGGUUGAUAUACCGAAGGAUGCUGGGUCAAGGAACAAUUUCUAUUCAUGAACGUAGAGUAACUAAAUCGAUCACGUAAGAUCAACAGGCUUAAGGAUUUCGUAAUUAUCUAGAAUAUAGAACAUUUUUAAAAGAUUAUUAUCAAUCGUUUUUUUAUUUAUCAAAUUUUAUCUAUUGUUAUAUGUUAAACUGAUAUCAAUAUUAUUUUCGUUUCAUUAUAUAUAUCAAUAAUAAGAUACAUUUCUUUCUCUUUUUUUUUCUUUUUUUUUUCUAUCGAAAAUAACGAAAGUACUUUUUGAAAAAAGAAGAUAUAUAUAUAUAUAUCUAAACUAGUACGAAGAGAUUAUUAAUGGACAUUUGCACGAACUGUGCAAGUAAUAGAGGAGAGUCGAUCGGUUGGAAAUUUUGACAAGACGGAAUUCGUGCUUUUGUAUGUCAAUGAUUUCACGCUUUACCGAGACUUUGAGAGGAACAAUCGAACGAUAUGCUCCGUGCUUCCAGUGGACAAAGCAGCUAUGUUAAACGAUAUAAUAUUAUCUAUCUACCGGAGGAUUUUCUUUUUGAAAAAGGAAGAAACGCAUGUUUGUUCGUUCGUUCUCGGGGGAUGCGUUUCAUUUGUAAAGCAGUGAACAAAGUGUCGUUACAUCGAGCACAUAUCGAACUACACGAUCUUCUACUCUCUUUCUUUUCCUUUCUUUCUUUCUUUCUUUCUUUCUCUUUCUUUCUUUCUUUCUUUCUCUUUAUCGCUUUUUUUUCUUUCUGUAUCGUCUCUUUUCCCAAACGUGUCGUUUCACGAGGACGAAGCAGUAGAGUUUAAUCGAACACCUCCCAUCUGUAACAUAACACUCAGUAUGAUCUUCUUUUAUGGACUCGCAUUUUAGAUUUUCUCGAUAAGAAUCCACUCGAUCUGUUGAAAGUGAGAAAAUAUUAUAUAAGCUUCAAGUGAAAAGAUAAGAGAGAGAGAGAGAGAGAGAGAGAGAGAGAGAGAGAGAGUGAUCUCUUUGAAAAAGAUCCAUUUUAAUACUCGCUCGUCAACUCGGGCAGGCUUAAAUCGAUGUUUUAUUUCCAAUACGUACUUUAUAAUAAACGCGUGCGUUUCUAUGUCGUUCCUCGAUUCAAUGCUUCGUUAUCCGUUAUCCAAUAGUUUCUUCCUAUUUGUCCAUCCUAAAAGAAUUUGUAAAUGUCAGAGCAAAAUAAACGAUCAACGAUUACUUUCAAUAUAAUUCCAUUUUUAAUUUUGAUCUUCACACAUAAAUUUAUUUUUUAUUAUUCCUUUCUAUUUAACGAGAUUCAUUGAUUCACUCUUUUUCUCUCUUUUUUCUUUUAUUUCAAUCUACGCUCGUUCUAAUAUCACGUAUAACGAUUAUUAUAAAUACAAUUCGAUCAUUAAUUUUAUUUAACAAGAUUCCUUGAUCCUCGACUUCUUUUUUCUAAUCUACACGUUAGUUAUUUCAAGUAUCAUUCGAUUGUAAACAUGUUUGUUUUCUGAAUAAUAUCAUUUUGGUAAACAUCUGUUUACACGUACAAAGCGUUUCGUGAACGACCUUACACGACGACACGUUUCGUGAACAAAGCUCAUUGAAGCUGAAUGAUUUAGAGUCUACGCAUGUUCUAACACGCGUUAUAUCUUCUAUUACCAUACAUUAACAUGCAACUCGUGUGAAUAUCGUCGUGAACGAUAUUUACUCUUCACCCUCCUUCAUCAAACUUCUCUCUAUCCUCUCGGUCUUCUGCGUAGACAAUUGGAAAAUUAUACCACCCGGUCUUAUCACCGAGUUAUACCUUAUAAAUAUAGAAAGCUUGAGUUUUCGAAGAGCGUUUCGAGUACAUGAAUCCAUAAAGAAAACAAUGGAAAUAAAGAUCUCGGGUAUAAUAUUAUGUUAAUGUCGUAUAAUUUUCAUGGCGCAUCACAUCAAGGUAUUAAGGGAUGACGAUGAUUUAUUAGGAAAACUGCUUUAUUACGAAACUGUUUAUUCUAUUUUUCCAUCGUCUCACAUUGUUUCUUUAAAUAUAUACAAACAUAUACUUGUAAAGAAAAGUUUAUACAUUAUUAUUUCUGCGUAGGAUUAUCGUGAAUAAUAAGUGAGUUCAUUUAUUUAUUGGUUAAUUGAUUUAUUUCUUUCUUUUCUGUUCUUUUGUGCGUGCGUGUAUGUAUGUGUGUGUGUAUUUUUUUUUUAAUACAGAACAAGAAUAGAACGUUACAAAUAUCGUUUUAAUUUGUAAUUAGUAAAAUUGAUCUCGUAGAAGGUGUUAAGAUCUCGUCUUCGCACAAAAAAAAAAAGAAAAAAGAAACACCAAAAAAAAAGAAAUAGAAAAAAAUAAAUGAAAAUAGAAUAUAAAAAAAGAAAGAAGGAGAAACAUCGAGUCUUGAUGAUGAAAAAUAAAGAAGUAAAAAGAAAAAAAAAAAAAAAUGAAGAAAAGAAAAACAGAGAAAAAAAAAAGUAUUGCGCCCGUCACUUUUCGUCGUAUUAA